GUUGGUGUUCAUACUUAGUAUUGCGUCACUUAUCAUUUACUUCAUUGAUGCGUCCAGUGAAGUGGUGGAAAGAUGCCAAAAAUGGAGCAACAAUAUUACACAGCAAAUAGAUUUAGCGUUCAAUAUAUUUUUUAUGGUGUACUUUUUUAUACGAUUUAUAGCUGCAAGCGAUAAACUGUGGUUUAUGCUGGAAAUGUAUUCCUUUGUGGACUACUUUACAAUACCACCUUCUUUUGUCUCAAUUUACUUGGACAGAACGUGGAUAGGUUUAAGAUUCCUAAGGGCAUUGCGCCUAAUGACUGUACCAGAUAUUCUACAAUAUCUUAAUAUCCUGAAGACUUCAAGUUCCAUUCGCCUUGCACAACUUGUGUCAAUAUUCAUUUCUGUAUGGCUCACGGCUGCUGGAAUUAUUCACCUGCUGGAAAACUCUGGUGAUCCAUUGGACUUCAAAAAUCCAAAUCAUCUCUCAUAUUGGACAUGCGUUUAUUUUCUUAUUGUUACAAUGUCUACUGUUGGAUAUGGUGAUGUUUACUGUCAGACUGUUCUUGGAAGAACAUUUCUCGUAUUUUUUUUACUCGUCGGUUUGGCCAUUUUCGCAAGUUGUAUCCCCGAGAUUAUUGAUCUGAUUGGGACUAGACCCAAGUACGGCGGCACCUUGAAGAAUGAACGCGGCAGAAGGCAUAUUGUAGUGUGUGGCCACAUAACAUACGAGUCGGUAUCCCACUUUCUGAAAGACUUUCUUCACGAAGACCGAGAAGAUGUGGAUGUUGAAGUAGUCUUCUUGCACAGAAAACCACCAGACCUUGAGUUGGAAGGCCUGUUCAAGAGGCAUUUCACUACUGUUGAAUUCUUCCAAGGUUCAAUAAUGAAUCCAAUUGAUCUUCAACGGGUUAAGGUGCAUGAAGCUGAUGCGUGCUUGGUGCUAGCUAAUAAAUACUGCCAGGAUCCUGAUGCCGAGGAUGCUGCUAACAUCAUGCGAGUUAUCUCCAUUAAGAACUACUCGGAUGAUAUCCGUGUUAUCAUCCAGCUAAUGCAGUAUCACAACAAGGCCUAUCUCUUAAACAUUCCAUCGUGGGACUGGAAGCAGGGUGAUGAUGUGAUAUGUCUCGCGGAACUUAAAUUGGGGUUUAUUGCUCAAAGCUGUUUGGCACCUGGGUUUUCAACUAUGAUGGCCAAUCUGUUUGCCAUGCGUUCCUUUAAAACGUCACCAGAUAUGCAGUCAUGGCAGAACGACUAUUUACGUGGAACUGGCAUGGAGAUGUACACAGAAACACUGAGUCCUACAUUUAUAGGCAUGCCUUUUGCCCAGGCUACCGAGCUCUGCUUCACAAAAUUAAAACUACUCCUGUUAGCAAUUGAAAUAAAAGGGGAAGAUGGUGCUGAUAGCAAGAUAUCCAUAAAUCCACGCGGGGUGAAAAUACAAGCAAACACACAAGGAUUCUUCAUUGCUCAAUCAGCUGAUGAAGUGAAACGUGCCUGGUAUUAUUGUAAAGCUUGCCAUGAGGACAUAAAGGAUGAAACAUUGAUCAAGAAGUGCAAAUGCAAGAAUUAUGUGGGGAUGAUGAUGAUGCAGUCAGGCAUGGUGAAAGGUGGCUUGAAUGCGACCUACCAGAACUAUCUGGAGGAUGAGCACCACCCUCCCCCUACGUUCACGCCACCUGAGUUGCCAAAGAAGGUGCACAUACGAGGUGAAGCAGGCAGGGAGAAAGAGGAGGCAUUGCUUAGAAACCACAGAAAUACCCCAACUGCUUUGGUGAAUUCAACAAAGCAAGUAAAUAAAGUGAAGCCCAAUGUUAAUAGGACUACACCAGAUAAUUUAACUUCUCCAAACCAAGGCUAUAACAGGCCUCAAGAGGACUCGACAUAUGCUGGCUAUCAUCUUGCCUAUGAAGUCAAAAAGCUCAUGCCAACGAGUAGAAACUCAGGGAGCAACAACAUGAACAACAAUGGUGGCCUUCAAGUAGGAAUAGCUGAUGAUCAAGCCAAAGAUUUUGAUUUUGAGAAAACUGAGAUGAAGUAUGAUUCUACAGGCAUGUUUCAUUGGGGUCCUGCCAAGAAUUUAGAGGAAUGUAUUUUGGAUCGGAACCAAGCUGCAAUGACUGUUCUCAAUGGACAUGUUGUUGUCUGCCUCUUUGCUGAUCCAGACUCACCACUUAUUGGUCUCCGAAACCUUGUGAUGCCAUUAAGAGCUUCCAAUUUUCAUUAUCAUGAGUUGAAGCAUGUGGUUAUAGUAGGAUCUGUAGAUUACAUUAGAAGGGAGUGGAAGAUGUUACAGAACCUGCCUAAGAUAUCAGUUCUGAAUGGUUCGCCACUGAGCCGUGCAGACCUGCGUGCAGUGAAUGUCAACUUAUGUGAUAUGUGUGUCAUCCUGUCAGCCAAAGUACCAAGUAAUGAUGAUCCAACAUUGGCUGAUAAAGAAGCCAUCUUAGCGUCAUUAAAUAUUAAAGCUAUGACAUUUGAUGACACAAUUGGUGUCUUAAGCCAAGCCCCAUUCAUGCAAAAGAAAAUGCAGACUGCAUCACUGGUUUCAACAUUGUGUGCAGCAAGUGAGCAAGACAAUCUCACGCCUGUAGGUAGUCCUAUUGUUCUUCAAAGGAGAGGGUCGGUCUACGGAGCCAAUGUGCCUAUGAUAACAGAGCUAGUAAAUGACAGCAAUGUGCAGUUCCUGGACCAAGAUGAUGAUGACGAUCCUGACACAGAGCUUUAUCUUACACAGCCUUUUGCCUGUGGUACUGCUUUUGCUGUUAGCGUCCUUGACUCCCUUAUGUCUACUACAUAUUUCAAUCAGAAUGCACUGACACUCAUCCGUUCACUAAUAACUGGUGGUGCUACUCCUGAGUUGGAGCUUAUUCUGGCAGAAGGUGCAGGCCUGAGGGGAGGUUACAGUACUGCAGACAGUUUAUCAAACAGAGAUAGGUGCAGAGUGGGUCAAAUAUCAUUGUAUGAUGGACCUCUAGCUCAGUAUGGUGAGACUGGAAAGUAUGGUGACCUGUUUGUAGCUGCACUGAAGUCAUAUGGCAUGCUUUGUAUUGGGCUGUACAGGUUUCGGGACACAAGUUCUUCUUGUGAUGCAUCAACAAAACGAUAUGUAAUUACAAACCCACCUGAUGAUUUUUCGCUCCUACCUACAGAUCAGGUGUUUGUAUUGAUGCAGUUUGAUCCAGGGCUUGAGUACAAACCAAACAGAGGGGCACGUGGAAAAGAUGACAACUCCUGACUGCUGCUGUGUAGCGCCCUGACCGAUGGACCCUACUCCUAUAUCUAAAACAUCAUCCUCUUUUGUCUGCACUGGUGACAAAUAGAAUUUCCUGAAAACAGAGUGCUGUGGCAGAUUCAGGGAACACUUGUGAUGUUGAAUAAGUGGUUUAAUAUUAGGUACUUUGCUCAGCAAUUUGAAGCUAAGGUGCACAGACAUUUGUUUUCAGACUGUGCUUUCACACUUAAAUACAUAUUUUUUUAAGUCAAUAUGUGAUAUUCUGGUUUUCUUCAGCAAUUAAUUUUCAUAAAAUUUUAAAGAAGUGGUGGAGUUUCUCAAAUUCAUGUUACAUUAAAUGUAGCAUGUACCUUAUGUAUGCCUUAUAUGGUUGUGAUCUAAGUCAAUAAGUCACAGAGAAUAUAGCUGUUGGUUGAUAUGUGUGAAAACUGAAGAAAGGUCUAAGUAGCUACUGUGGAAACAGUUUAAUAUCUAUUGCAUCUUCACUAAAAGUAUGUUUCAGACAUGUACUCCCAUUUAUUUAUGAUUUAUUGGCCACCAUUUUUGUUAUAGGGAAUUGACGUGUCACAUAGGAAUGUGUUCCUUAUAUGAAUGUGAUCACAUUAUUUUGUGAAAAAUUGACUUAGGCCACCAUCGAAUCUGUAUCUCAGUGCUCCAUAUGUGCAGGCAAAAUAAUAGGAAUAAAGUUGUAGGGGCCAUCAUUGCCAGGUAGUACUGAUUAUCCUGGCCUAAUUGUAAAGGGCUGCUACAUAUUGAAGCAAUAUAUACUGACAAUUUCAAGAGCCAGUUUUCAGCUCAAUAUCCGUUCAUAAUUAUAGCGCUUCUUGAAAAGUAUUGAACAAGGAAGUUUUACUAAAUGUGUUGUUAUAAUAAAAUCUCUAAAAUAAAAUAAAUAUUUUGUAGCAAGAUGGAUUAUAAACUAUUGUUAAGAAAAGGAAUUAAUGGCAAAUACUUCACUGAGAUUUUGUACUUUCAUUUUGAUAUUAAAUGUACUUGG